AUGACUAUCAGCGCAGGUGAUGGAACCUCUGAGCCGGAGAUUCCCCUACUGAACGACGUCGUUCCAAGUUCCGUCGACUUCAAGGGGAGGCCCUCCGUCCGGUCAAAAUCCGGCCGCUGGAAAUCCGCCGCCUUCGUCAUCGGAGCCGGAUGGGCGGAGAGGCUGUCGUAUUACGGAAUAAGCUCGAAUCUGGUGAGCUACCUGACCGGAAAAAUGGGGCAGCCGACGGCCACGGCGUCGGCUUUGAACGCGUGGUAUGGGACGGCGUCGCUUUUGCCAAUUUUGGGAGCGUUUUUAGCGGAUUCGUUCACGGGGCGGUUUCGGAUGAUCGUACUUUCCUCCGUGCUUUAUAUUUUGGGACUCAGCUUCCUAUCCCUGUCGGCCGCCCUUCGUCAGGCAGACACCUCCAAUUGCAAACUUGCCUCAAUCGACAUUGCCAGCUGUACUCCCGAUCAGCUCCAGCUCGUUUUCUUCUUUUUCUCACUCUACCUAGUCGCCUUAGCCCAAGGCGGGCUCACGCCGUGCCUGCAGGCCUUCGGGGCCGACCAGUUUGACGAGGAUGACGAGGCGGAGUCCCGAGCCAAAAGCUCGUUUUUCAACUGGUGGUAUUGUUUGUCGAUAGGGUGUAUUUUGUUGCCACUAUUGGUCCUCACUUAUAUUCAGGAGAAUGUGAGCUGGUUGCUCGGGUUCGGAAUCCCGGCAGUCAUCAUGUGCCUCACACUGGCUCUGUUCUUGGUCGGGUACUCGACUUACCGGUUCUGGGUCAAGUCGGACGGGUCAAACCCGUUCGUGAGGAUCGGUCGGGUUUUCGUCAUGGCUGUGAGAAACUGGCGGGCCGCCUCUGUGCCGGCAUUGUGUGAGGAGGAAGGGGUUGUUUCCAGUACAGCUUCUCAAUUUAGGUUUCUCGACAAAGCGUUGCUCCCUCGAGACGGGAAGCUCUGCUCGGCGCGCGACGUGGAGGACGCCAAGUCGAUCCUCCGCCUCGUCCCAAUAUGGUUCACCUGCCUCGGCUACUCGAUCGUGUACGCCCAGCCGUCUGCCCUCUACACGAAACAAAUUGCGACCGUCGACCUCCACGUCACCCCCUCGUUCGAGAUACCCGCCGCGGCCCUCAUGCAGCUCUUCAUCAUCUCCACCAUCAUCAUCCUCCUCCCGCUCUAUGACCGUUCCCUCGUCCCCUCGCCCGUAAAUUUACCAAAACGCCCCCAGGCGUCCCGUUGCUCCACCGCAUCUCCACCGGCCUCCUCAUCUCCCUCCUCUCUGUGGCGGCUGCUGCCCUCGUCGAGCGGCGCCGCCUCUCGGCCGCCCGGAGGGCUGGCCUUGAGGACCUCCCCGGGGCCUACGUGCUGGCGGGGUCUCGGACGUGUUUGCGAUGGUGGGGUGCAAGAGUUGUUCUACGGGGAGGUUCCGGGUGAGGUGAAGAGCGUGGGGCUUGCCAUGUACCUCAGCAUGCUAGGCGUCGGGAGCUUGACGAGCAGUUUGAUGAUAUCGACGAUACAGAGGGUGACAAGCAGGGGAGGGCAGCAAGGGUGGUUCGCGGACAAUCUGAACCGGGCGCAUCUCGACUACUUUUACUGGGUGUUGGUGGGGUUGAGUGCGGUUGGGCUGGCGGCGUUCGUGUGCUUCACGAGGUCGUAUUUGUACGGGAGAACGAGUGUUCGUUUGUAG